GUUGUUCUGAACUGCAAAGUUGUCCACACUCUAGGGUACUGGUCUUUCCAUUGCAGUGUUCUCGGAACAUGCUUGAAGGUGGUACGGGGUUGGUUCAGGAGUUGGCUUAAUUGGAUUAUGUCUAGCUCAUGUGAAAGCUUCUAAGGUGAUAUUAAGUGAUGGUGACCUAUCAACUUUAGUUAACAUGAAGUUUAAUCUGGAGAUGAACCACCUGAAUGCCGAAGCUGGCAUGCGGCAAAGAAACAAUGACCAAAACAUGGUAAAAUGCUUGUAUCUGCCGUGGGAAUCUGCAUCAGUUAGUCAACUCCAAGAUAUCAGGGCUGAUGUUGUUCUGGGUGCAGAUGUGAUAUAUGAUCCUGUUUAUCAACCACAUCUUGUUCGAGUACUUGCCAUUCUUUUGAAUCCGAUGAAUUCGGAGUUUUGCAGACAGCAUGCAAGUUGUAAGGGCAUUUCCCCAAACAUUAAACAUGAAAAUUGUGAACAUAAUCACGAACAUGCUAUUGACAUAUCUCACAGUAGAUUCAAAGCAAGCCAUGAUGAUGAUAGUUACAGCCAGCCAAAGGAAACACCGGUGGCUUAUAUUUCAUAUGUUAUCAGAAACAUUGAAACUUUCAACUAUUUCAUGUCCCUGGGAAGACAGGCUCAUCUUGAUAUUGUGGACCUUACUGAUUCAUUGAAGCCACUAAAUCUCCUCUGCUACAUGCAAUCAUACAAUCAAGCCAGUGUAAGACUAUUGCGUAUCACUGGCAAUAAUAAAAAUGGCUAGUAUCUUUUCCUUUUUUUACUUAGAAGCAAUAACUAAUGAUUUUAGAUCAGGCUUAGGUUAUGCUCUAGAUCUAAUCUACUUCAAUAUUAACACUUUCAAACAAUAUUUCUCUUCUUUCUUUUGGAUUGUCACUGACUACUUUUAUUUCUCAAUUAUCUAAGAAUAAUUCUUCUAUUUUUAUAUUAUA